GCGCAGGCGACAGGCCUCGGGCCCCAGGCGGAGCGGCGGGCGCCGGACCCCCAGGCGGAGCUACAGGUCUCGGGCCCUCAGGCGGAGCGGCGGGCGCCGGGGACCCCCAGAUGGAGCGACAGGUCUCGGGCCCUCAGGCGGAGCGGCGGGCGCCGGACCCCAGGCGGGGCGACAGGCAUCGGGCCCCCAGGCAGGCGACAGGUCUCGGCCCUCAGGCGGAGCGGCGGGCGCCGGACCCCCAGAUGGAGCGACAGGCAUCGGGCCCCCAGGCGGGGCGACAGGCAUCGGGCCCCAGGCGGAGCGGCGGGCCGCCGGACCCCCAGGCGGAGCUGCAGGGUCUCG